UUAAAUCGACGUCGAGGCUACGUUAUAUCAAUUGUUUCUUCAUAAACAAACACUGGAUUAAGGAAUAUCAUAAACAAACGAUGUUGUUUAGAAAAGGCAACAAGAAGAAAACGCUUGCUGGAGGAGGACCAGGGGAAUCUGUACUGACCCCAGCGGAUGUUGCUCCACAAGCGAUGGGUUUUCCAGAGGAAACGGAUCAUGUAUGGGCCGUCAAAAAGAAAGGAAAAUGGUCAAAAAGAUACAACAAAAGUAGGACUUUGGUUAUAAAAGCCAACAUUGUCACUAUGAAAAAAGGAGAGAAAAACAAAAUGGAAGUUGACCUUUCAACUUGUGUGACGCCUUUCUUUAAUGACAAAGACUGCAAAGUUACCAUCAAGGGAAACAAAACGUGUCAGUUCCAAAUGGAGAGGAAACAAUACCAGGAGCUUAAGGCUUUUGUAGAAAUGAUCUCGAAACAGGGCAAUACACCAUAUGCUCCUGUAAAGGGAAAGGAACCUACACCAGCAACCACUGUUCGGCAUCUCGAAUCCAACAUCCAGGACGUCGCUGAGCAGGAAAUGAGCCAGCUUGUUGAAGCAGAAUCAACGGAAAAGAAGUUAUUGACUUUCCAACGAUUGACAGAUGACAAUGCAUAUUUGGAAAGUAAUAUUGAGUUUACGUUAGUACUGGCUGAAGAUAUUAUCAGCCGCGAACUAUUUUGGGAGAUCGCACCAAUUGAAGACAUAUAUAAGCAAAGUAGACAACUCUCCAUAAAGUACAUCCAAGACGAGAAAGUCGUGAAACCUGAAGACGUUGCUUUCAAACCUGACGAGAAAGUCGUGAAACCUGAAGACAAUGCUGCCGAAUCUGACGCGAUAUUCAUGAAACCUGAAGUCGUUGCUUUUGAACCUGAGGAGAAAGCCGUGAAAAAUGAAGACGUUGCUUCAGAACCUGACGAGAAAGCAGUGAAACCUGAAAACGUUGCUUUCAAACCUGACGAGAAAGCCAUGAAACCUGAAGACGUUGCUUUCAUAUCUGACGAGAAAGUCGUGAAACCUGAAGACGUUGCUUUCAAACCUGACGAGAAAGCCGUGAAACUUGAAAACAAUGCUGCCGAAUCUGACGCGAUAUUCGUGAAACCUGAAGUCGUUGCUUUUGAACCUGAGGAAAAAGCAAUGAAACCUGAAGUCGUUGCUUCGGAAUCUGACGAGAUAGUCAUGAAAAAUGAAGACGUUGCUUCAGAACCUGACGAGAAAGCCGUGAAACCUGGAGCCGUUGCUUUCGAACCUGACGAGAAAGUCGUAAAACCUGAAAGCGUUUCUACCAAAUCUGAGGAUAUAGCCAUGGGACCUAGAGAGAAUGCUACUGAACCUUACGAUAACGCAAUAAAACGUGUUGAAAAAUCCGUUGUCAACGAAGAUUUGGCUGUAACUGCCACAAUAUCUAAAAAAGAAAAGAGAGGACUCAAAGGCUUUCCUAAAGUUCAAGCAAAACUACGAACAUUUAAAGGUAUGAUAUUCAAUAAAACGAAUGGAAAAUAUAAGUCCUUAGGGAAGGAAACGUCAUUGAUAAAAAAGGAAAGCAUUGAAGUGUCGAAGAUUCCAGAUGUGAAAUUACAACGUGGCAACUCGACAGGUUCAGGUGAAGAUGAAACACCACAAAAAAAUGAAGAAGAUCUGAUAGACGAAGCAACCACAGGAGGAGGAGAAACAGACCCGAAAGGAGAGUUAAUCCUGGUAGGGGUUGGAGGAGAUCCAACAGAGGAACUAACCUCAGCAGGAUGUGAAGGUGACCUUAAGGAAUUAAUCCUUGGGGAUGGUGGCAUUCGGACAGAGGAAUCGACUUCAGUGGAAGAUAGAAGAGAGCUGGCUGAGGUAUCAACUGUCACACAUAACACAAUAUGUAAAUCAGAUUCGCGUCACAGUGUAACGAAGAAACCCAAAUCAUUUAAGAAAACAAUAACUUCUGCGAAAAAAAUUGUCAUAGAGGGAAUUUGUGCCGUACGAGAUUCAUGCAAGAAGACUCUAAAAAAAGCGGUCGAAAUCUGGAAAAAGAUAACAGUCAAUUCCGCAAAACACACCUUUGAGAAUUCAUCAGAAACAGAGGUCAAGUGCUUUGAAGUAGAAGCAGAUGUACCCACAGAAGUAUGGAAGGACAAAAGACCGAUUGAAGCACCUAGUUCUUCAAUCAUAUCUUGUCGAAAUGGCAAAGAAUACCCUAUGCUCAAAAAAGCAAUUUUUGCUACGACAUUGUGUUUCUGGAUCAAGCCCGUCAGCGGGUACAACUUCACUGCUGAGUCGAGCAACAACGACUGGUAUAUCUAUCUUUGUGUACCGGCAGUGAUUGGUUAUGUGAUCCUAUGGCUGGGAGAAAAUCAUGCUCGUCUCGUGUUGGAGUUCCUCACAGAACAACUUGGACGUUUUUUCAUCAACGGGGGGAGGCGUGCUCCUUGGGUCGAAGUUCAACACGAUGGCAUUCACCUUGCUGCACAGAUUGAAGUCUUGGAACUUCAACACGAUGGCAUUCACCUUGCUGCACAGAUUGUAGUCUUGGAACCUCCAAUCGAGCGCUUUAUCUUGCCUAUAGAAGAGGAGCAGGCACCUACAGCUGACAACGAAGAGCUGGUGAUCCGCAACUAGUAGUUGAACGAUGUAAGAGCUAACGAGUGACUUGACAAGAAUAGACCUGAUUGAAAUCGACCUUUGCUGAGAGCAUCUUCAAGAAAAAGAAUCAGGUAGGUUGUUAUUUAAUACAGAAAAUAGACACCAGAUCACGACAGAUCACUUUUCUAUAUUUUGCACAAACACUCUUGUUCACGGUUAAGUUCACUCCAUAGCUACUACCUAAGUUGUUCACAUCACAAUGAACGUGUUGGUAUUUGAAAUCUGUUUGUUUACUUUCUUAUAAUCAUGAAUGCAUGAUAGUUAAGAUUUUUUCUUUUGAGUUAUCAAACACAAAACGUUUUUUUUAAAUUAAUACAUUCAGGCGAACGAAACGGAAAAUUUUAGUUCUGUGUUAAUGACAUGUCUGCAAAAAGAUAGUUUUACCAUUGUUUGUUGGAAACGAUUUAAUCUUCAGGUAAGUGUUAAUAUACGCAUAACUGCCCUCUUUACAGGCAACUUUUUCAAACCAAAUUUUAACAUAAUUUAAGUGUCCAAAUGAGGUAUCUAUAAAAUGUGUUGUUAACCCAAAUUAAGUGACUUGAAAUAUUUCACAUGAAACGUUGUCUUUAUGCCAUUUGUUUAAAUUUUUCUGCAACAGGUAUAUGUAAACUAUGUAAUGACGGGGCGUUCUCCAUCUUUCCAUCGUCAACUUCUGCUUAAAAUUAGUCCAACAUCAUUUCUAUAACCCCAAAUGAACUUCACAAUACUCAUAUGUUUUGAAAAACAUUAAACAACCUCUUUCCAGAACCUACAAGGCCUAGAGUCAUAUUAUAUUACCUAUUGCUUGAUCAGAUGAAGGCUAUCAAUAUUGUCAAAAUGACUUAUCACAAUACAUGUCCAAGGUAACAGUGAUCAAAUGUUAUUUUUCGAACGUUUCAGAAUCGCAUAUAUACAUAAUGCUGACUCAUUAAAUAAUAGAUGAGGGAUACAGGCCUAUUGAACGUCUUGCCUUGUAUAUAGUUAUUUCUGUCAGUGUCUAAACAAGGCAAGGAAUGAUCAUCUUAUUUUCUUUGUAAUUCAGGGUUUUUUUUGUGAACAAAUUUGAUAAAAAAAGUUGUUGUACAUGUUUCCAUCAUAUAUGUUUCUUGCAUUUUCUAGCAAUUAUUCAUUUAAAACAAAUUCUCUCAUCAGAUUACACGGGAGAUAUGUAAAUUAUCAGAAUAAUUCAUGGAAUGGGAUAUACGUGUGCAUAGUUAUUUUUGACCUUUGGAAUUAUUUCAGACGGACACAUGACAAGUGCACACACUAAGGAAAACGAAUGAGACUUAUUGAAAUAACAAUACUCUUACUACAUCAACAUACAUUUUACAGUAUGGUGGUAUGUGUGACCUGUGGUCUAUCAUACAUCCUGUUGUAAGUUGAAAACCAAAACACUACUGAAUUAGACAAUGCAACCAUUUACGUAAAAUGUAACAUCGCUCAGAUUGAAUUCGCGGUUAAAACCAUGGUUACAUAGUAUAUCAAAUUCUUGUAUCAUGUUCAAGCGAAGAUGCACAGCUCGUCACGCGCCAGGAAACAGCUCUGAUUGUAUUUAAGUAUUCAACAGGUUAACAGAGACGUAGCGUUUAUAAGUGUUUACAUCAUUCCAACACAUAUUCAGGCAGGAUUUCCUUUUUCGCUGUAUGAUUUAAUAUACAAUUUUUAUAAUUUCUGUUUUCACCGCCAGUUUUGGUUUUUAUAAAGAGGGUUCUAAUGUUUAUAAUGAGUGAGAUGUUAUAUUUUCUUAAAAGGAAUAUACAUUUUAUAACUUAGUUUUGUUUUGAUAAUGUAGAAACAUUCCGUGUUGAAGGUAUGAAAAUAUUCCAUUUGACUUUCCAAACUAUUGAUAAAUCCUAACUGUUUUUUCCAUCGUUAAGCUUUUGAAUAUCGAUUUUGAUUGUCGACUACGAAAUAUUUAAAUGGUUCCAUAAAAUGUCAGAUAGUUUUAUCAAUUGUGUGAUACCCUUGUCUAAACUAACUCUAUGUUGUGUGCUGUGUUAAUUAUGAUGGUUUGCUUCAUGCUUAUUUUUCAGUUAAUUUAAUAUACCAGUUUCCAACGCAGAUUCUAGAUUUUAUGUUUUCAUUACAUUCAUAUGUUAGAUGUAGUCUUAACUAGUGACACAAAAAGCCUCAAAAAUAAAAUAAAAUAAAUAAAUAAUGAGUGUCAAAGGAAUGAUGUCAUAUAAAGGGUACAUUUGACACAUAAUUCGCGAUUCAAUGGGUGUCAAUUAAAUAUUGUUUGUUUUAAUGGCAUUAAGUAGUUCUAUGACACUCAUUGACAUUUAAUGUGUUAUGAGAGGAAAAAUAUAUGAUUGCACUUUAUUAGAAAUAUUAAAAAAUAAUUGCUGUCGGGGAAUUUUCUUUUAUAUAGUCGGCGAUGCGACGACAUUAAUGCCUAAUACCUAACAGAUUAUUUUGAACUAUCGGCAGUAUCCUAAUUAUCUUAAAAGAGAAGUGGGAAAAACAGAAGGGAAGGUAACUCGCCCCUUACAGUACGUCAUUCUUUAUCGCCUAUAUUGUAGUAACACUUGUAUACACUGCCUUUAACAAAUAUUACACUUUAAUUGUAAUAAAUUGCAU